AUGUCGGAUAAAUGCGAGCUUCUCGGCCCGUUUGCACUGGUAAUCCAGGCAUUUUUGGGUGUGCUCGCUCUCUCGUCGCUUGUGUGGAAGCGCUACCGUGAGUACCCAAAUCGCAGACCCUGGAAAAUAUGGUUUUUCGACGUGUCCAAGCAGGUGAUCGGGGCCUUUGGUAUCCACAUGCUGAACGUUUUUAUGAGCAUCCUCGGCGGCCACUCAGACAAAUGGGUUCCAUCUCUACCAAAUCAAACGUCGCCGUACUAUUUUGCUAGCCCAGCACAUCCAGGCCCGCCAAACGCACCGCCACCUCCAGGACCGGACUUUGAUAAUCCUUGCGACUACUACUUCCUGAACAUCCUUUUCGACACAACCAUCGGCAUCCCUAUACUCUGGGGCCUGCUACAUGUUAUUUAUACUCUCGCCAGAAACGCAGGAAUCGAGGGAAUCGAGUCUGGGCAAUACGGCAAUCCACCACGAUACUCGUAUUAUUUCAAGCAACUAGCACUCUAUUUCAUCGGACUCGUGUCCAUGAAACUCAUAAUUUACAUUCUGCUUGUUGUGUGCCCGUUUCUGGUCCACUUUGCCUACUGGCUGCUCUCCUGGUCGGACGCUGUGCCAAAUCUCCAGGUCGCGUUUGUGGUCCUCAUAUUCCCGCUCAUCAUGAACAGUUUCCAGUAUUACGUCAUCGACUCCAUUAUCCAGAGCCCCGAGUACUCGCACCAUCACGCCAAGUCGCCCGACGAGCGGCCCGACUCAGAAUAA